GAUUGUGUGUUUGUGGACACAGAUGCAGGUGUCGAAGGGAUGAGGGGCAUGGACAUAGCCCGUGUCAUGUGUUUUUUCUCUUUCAUGUUCGAGGAAGAUUUUUACUCAUGCGCUGUGGUGCAUUGGUUUGACAAAGUCAAUGAUGGACCCAAUGAGGACACUGGGAUGUGGAUUGUUCAACCUUCAUAUGAUGUUGGCCAUUCAUGGUCAGUCGGAAUCAUUCAUGUUGAAUCUAUUUACCAUGCUGCACAUCUCAUCCCAAUCUAUGGAACACAUGCCAUCCCGCAGGACCUCAAGCACUAUGACUCAUAUGAUGCUUUCUGA